GGUAAUAGUUAAGUUAAUAGACGAAAAAGGGUAGAUUGUUUUAAAAGAAAUUUGUUGGAAUUUAAUAUUUGUAGUGUUGUUAUAAUUUUAUAAACAAAGGAUAAUUAUUAAUAUAGUGAAAAGUAUUAUAAGCAACUGGUGUAACUUAAAAAAUGGCCGAUUCAACCAUUAUUACCACAGAAAACCAUGUAGAGAGUAGCGAUAGUAAUGGAGAAACCCAUAGCGGUAGCAUAACAUCUGUGUCCAACACAAGUGCGGUAAUGAUAGCAUCACUUAAAGCACCGGAAAUUCUUGAAGAAUAUGGACCAAAUUUAAAAUUAUUAGAUUGCAAUUCACAAGUGGCAGAGCUUUUAACAAUAAUCCGUGACAAAAACACUACGCGCAGUGACUUUAAAUUUUACGCCGAUCGCCUUAUACGUUUAGUAAUUGAAGAAUCUCUUAAUCAACUGCCGUAUUCCGAUUGUCGUGUGGAAACGCCUACAGGUGCAACUUACGAUGGACUGAAGUACCAAGCUGGCAAUUGUGGUGUAUCUAUUAUUCGCUCUGGCGAAGCAAUGGAGCAAGGACUACGUGAUUGUUGUCGUUCUAUACGUAUUGGCAAAAUAUUAGUUGAAUCUGAUGCGGACACGCAUGAAGCACGUGUCGUUUAUGCUCGGUUUCCAGACGACAUUGCUAGCCGACAAGUGUUGCUCAUGUAUCCGAUUAUGUCAACUGGUAAUACCGUUCUGCAAGCUGUGAAUGUACUUAAAGAGCACGGUGUUCCCGAAAGCUGCAUUAUACUGUCGAAUCUCUUCUGUACCCCAAUCGCUGCUAAAACCGUCGUAGGUGCUUUUCCGAAACUAAAAAUUCUCACGUCUGAGUUGCACCCUGUAGCACCUAAUCAUUUUGGGCAAAAAUACUUUGGUACUGAUUAACAUGGAAGCACAUGUUUAGAUUAUCUAAGUUUUACACUGCAUACAAAAAGAUAUAUAUUAUAAGGGAUAUAUAGCUAUUUAAAUUGUUCUAUAUGUUUUUCCAAACCACAAAUUAGCAACGAUGUACUUAAAGAUCGUUAACAUCUACGCGAUUUCUGUGUACAAAUUUCAAAAUUUAGAUAUAUAAUUUUUUUCGUAAUUUUUAAAAAUGCAAUAUUUUAAACUUUCCCAUUCAAAAUUAUAACUAAUUUGAUAAAUAUAAAUUUAUUUAUUGAUUUGUUAAUUUAAGUAUGUUAUGGAUAAUUUCCGAGUAAAGCAGCUCACACAGAUAUUUCAAAUUUAAAACUAACAUUUGUUUCAAUGUUUUCCAUUGUUCAUUUAUCAUAGUAUUUAGAAUAAAAACAAAAUCAACCAAACCUUAUUAUAAUUUGA